AUGAUUAGACGUCUUCCGGCAAACAUUUGUAUGUUGAAACAUCUGAAGUCCCUCAAACUUAUAUGGUGUUGCCUCCUCGAGGAGUUACCUAAGAAUCUUGACCUAUUAGAACAUUUAGAGGAGCUAGAUUUGUCAUAUACAAAGAUUAAGCAGCUUCCAAGUAGCAUCUGUAUGCUGAAACAUCUGAAAUCUCUGGAUAUUUCUUGUUCAUUGCUUGAGAAGUUACCUGAAGAUCUUGACCAAUUAGAAUGUUUAGAGGUGCUUAGCCUAUGGACAUGUGAAUUUUUACAAGAUAUCCCGAAUAGCAUCUGUGAGAUGAAAUGUCUAAAAUAUUUCUAUCUCCAAGAUUGUAUUCGAGUUGAGAAAUUGCCCGAGGAAUUUGGACGUUUGGAAUGUUUAGAAGUGUUAAAUAUAGAAGGAACAAUGAAGGAGCACAUAUAUCUUCACUUGGGUCAUCUACCACCAGAGGCUCUCAAGAAGAGACUUCCUUGCUUCUCUGGAAUUGCUGCCAUCUUUGGCUCUUUGCUGGUGUUGAUGUUACAAAGAAGCCAAUUCCAGUUUUGCCUUACUGUCCAUUACAACAUGGGUGGGAUCCCAACUAAUUACCAUGAGAGGCAUGUUGAUUUUUGUAUGCAUCGAGUCAAUUUGUUGCGACAUUAUGGUGUUAAACCUAUUUUAGUCUUUGAUGGAGGUCAUUUACCAAUGAAGAAUGAGCAGAAGAUUAAGCGUGCUAGGUCAAGAAAGGAAAAUCUUGCCCGUGCUAUUGAGCAUGAAUCAUUUGGAAAUACAUUAGUAGCUUAUGAAUGCUAUAAAAAAGUUGUGGAUAUAUCACCUACAAUUGCGUAUGAACUAAUUUUGGCGUUCCCUACUAACCAGAAAAAAGCCACCACAAAUUGUGAAUGUGCUGUUUGCAAACAGAAGCAAACUCAUAUGUUUUUUUAG